UAAAAGAGAGAAUAACAAAAGGAUAAGAUCAAAUUUCAGAAAAGAUUCAGAGAAAAAGAAAAAGAUAAGGCAACAUACCCCUCUAUAUAUUAGGAACAUGUAAGAUUUUCAGUAACCAACUACAGGGCAAUCAUGACUGAUAUGAAGGCCACAGCUCUCAAACCAUCCAAUAUCAAACAGCUUGCUGGAUCUCCCAAUCUUCGUUUCGUACCUUCUAAUUAUGUUCAUUCUACUAACCUUAAUCACGACGACGAUGGCGAUGAUUCAAACUCAAUCCCCAUCAUUGAUUUUUCUCUACUCACCUCCUGUGAUCCUAAUCAACGGUCCACAGCCAUCCACCAACUCGGCAAAGCUUGUCAAGAUUGGGGCUUCUUCAUGGUAGUGAACCAUGGCAUACCAGAUAAUUUGAUGAAGGCAGUGAUUGAUUGCACGGACGAAUUUUUCAACUUACCGGACGAAGAAAAACAGGAGUUUUCUGGGAAGCAUGUGUUGGAUCCUAUAAGAUAUGGGACAAGUUUCAAUACGUCUACAGAAAAUCUCUUCUUCUGGAGAGACUUUCUUAAGGUCUUUGUCCAUCCUCAUUUUCACUCCCCCACCAAACCCCAAGCCUACAGGGAUGUUGUGUUGGAGUAUAGUAAGAAACUCCGGGAAGUGGCAAGAAAGUUACUAGGAGGUGUAUCAGAAAGUUUAGGGCUUGAAGAAAGUUACUUGGACAAAGCUCUAGACUUGGAAUCAGGCCUUCAAGUCUUUGUUGGAAAUUACUAUCCACCUUGUCCUCAACCUGAACUUACAAUGGGGAUGCCACCCCAUUCAGAUCAUGGCCUUUUAACACUUCUCAUCAGUAACCAAGUUGGAGGUCUCCAAGUUCAGCAUCAAGGCAAAUGGAUUAAUGUCAAUGCCCUCCCCAACUCGCUUCUGGUUAAUACAGGCGACCAUCUUGAGAUAUUCAGUAAUGGGAAGUACAAGAGCAAUGUACAUAGAGCAGUGGUGAACAAUAAAGUAACAAGGAUAUCAGUAGUCACAGCUCAUGGUCCAUCACUGGAAACAAUAGUAAGGCCAGCUUCUCCAUUGAUUGAAAAAGAAAACAGCCCAUCGGCUUAUAUUCCAAUGAAGUACAAGGAUUACUUGGAGUUGCAACAGAGCAACCAACUUGAUGCAAAGUCCUGUUUGGACAGAGUCAAAAUCCCAAGAAACUGAGUGUGUUCAAGUUAUUUUCCCAACUUGUUUCCAAGUGCUUGAUGCAUGAUAGCAAAGUUGCACAGACACUUCAUUUUGGAAGUCGCAUCCGUGUUGGAUUCUCCAAAAAUACAUAAUAUUUGGGGAAUCCGACACGGAUCCACUAACAUUUUCGAAGAGUCCAAGCAACACGAUAGUAUAUUUCUUUGUUCAUAUGGAUAAUAAAUAUGUUAGAAUAUGAGACUCUUCUUGAUGGUCUUUUGUUUAAUAGUUUCUUUUAAAUAUUAUGUUUAGUUUUAUUUUAAAAGAUAAAUGGUAGUCUUUAUUUUUUAGAAGUGUGUCUUGUAAGAUAGUGUGUCUUGUGAAACUCAUGUAGCUUAUAAGUAUAGUCUUUUGUAAAAUGUUGACUAAUGAAUGAAUGUUGAAUAUAUGAAUGAAAA